CCUGCGCCGCAGGGCCGGGGAAGUGGCCGCGCGGGGUGUGCGCAGCUGCCGCCGGCGCGUGGGGCCGCAGAUGGAGCCUCCCCCCGGCGCCGCAGAAAGCUCUAAGCUGCGACAUGUAGAAAAAGAUGUUUUGAUUCCACAAAUAAUGAGGGAUCGAGCCAAGGAGCUGUGUUCAGAUCAGGUACAAGCAUUUACUAAAUGCUGUCAAGAAACUGGUCUUCUGAUGGUGGUGAAGUGUCGUCAGGAGAACACAGCACUGCARGACUGUCUGGUUGGCCACUAUACUGAUCCAUCAUUCUAUGAAGAAUGCAAAGCAGAAUAUUUGAAGCAAAGAGAAGAAUACAGAGCAACUGGAAUUAAGAAAAAAAGACAGAAGUUUACUUCAAAUGUGUGAUUAAAACUUAAAAUCAACUUUUCAAAUUUUAUAUGCAACUUGGAUUUCACUUGAUUUAAACAGACUUAAAUCACUGAACCUCUCUGUGUGGAGUUUAACUGAAAUACACAAAAUAAGAUGGAGAAUAAAAUAAUACCUGAAAYUAAGAGUCAAUUUUAAAACUUCUGGUAAUUAAAGAUGUAAAGCAUGCUGUACACAGUUUGCAAAAGAAAUUGCAAAGGUCCGUUCCUCUAUCUGGACUUGAGGUUUUGUUACCAGUGUACAGUUUGGAGUUUGCAAUUCCAGAUUGUUGAUUUGGAAUUUAAAGCCUGUAUCUAGCUCCAUGAGCCAGGCUGCAUAAAAACUUAAGGGUGAAUAAUUUAAGUUGUUGUAACUGAUCACAGAUUGAGUAUACAUUGAAAAACAGUCUGUUAGUCAUCAUCUCAAGCUGUGUAUGGAGAUGCACUUUCUAGAAGAGAAGGGUGGCARAUGCAGAAGUGCUGCUCAGACCAAYGUGAAUUACCCUUUUCAUCAAAAUGUCAGUUGAGAGCCUGGUAGUACUUGUGCCUGCACUGUGACUCAUUUUUAAGUCUACACUGUCAGAAGGGAUGGAUGUCUUGUGCUUGUGCGUGGUCCAGACUGACCAUUUUGACUCUAGAGGAGAAAGCAAUCUCAUCCAGACCUUCCUUGAGAACGGGAUAGGCUGCCAUGCUUCAGGAGUGAGCAAGUGACCACACUUGCAAAAUUCUUGCAGAUAGAGGUCAAUAAACCUGGCCUGUAGGAUGGAGAUUACCUUUUGCAGGAAUUAAGUGUAAAACAAGUCAAGCUCAAGCAUUUUGGAAAACAAAAAUAUUCCCAAUUCAUUGUUUUGCUGUCUGUAUUUUUAAAAGGAGGAAAUUUAAGGUAGAUAGUGAUGUGUUUUCAAGGAAAGUGAGUGUUCUGUUAGCCCACAGAGAAAAUCUGCUACAGUUUCAACACCUGGGAAGCCAGCCUGGGUGUUCGUUAAGUAUUGGCAAAAGUCCUUCCCAAGAGGGUUUGGGUGAGGAUUCUCUUAGGGGCAAUGCUGGGUGCUGCCAGUGCUGGGUGCCUGCACUGAGGGCUCACUUUGGUCAGUGAGCACCAGCACCAGCAAGGGGGAGGGUGUGUGUGUGUGUGUGUGUGUGUCUCCUUUUCUGGCUCAGCAGAAAUUGCAUUCAGCAGGUGAGGGGGGAGCCCCAGUGCAGUGACCAGGACUGUAGGGGAGGGAUGAAUGCAUGGAAUGGGACAAAGCCCAGGUGACGCUGCAGGUAUUGCUCCCCACCUUCUAUACAGGCUGUAUAACAACUCACUUCCAUGGUGAUGUCACGCCUGAAAUUCCAUGUAACGAAUGAUGAGGUCAGCCAUUUAUUUUUUUUCCCACAUCUGGAUUAUUGCAGUUCCUCUUUGCCCUGGGAUGCACUUAGAGCAGGGAUUGGCUCUUGGAUUGGGCAUCAGCUUUCUCUGUAAUACACCCUGGCCUUAAUGUGAUGUUCCUUAGGCACUGGUCAUGGCCAUUGAUGGAGGAAGGCCUUAAAACUCAAAGGCUGAUGUGUCACUGAAUAUCCUUGCACACAUCUGUCCCUUUCCCUGCAUCACAGGGGCCUAUCUUUGCCUCUUCAGUGUACUUGGCAAGCACUGAAAACACCCCCAUUUUUCACCAGAGGCUGCACUCUCUUUCUUGUACUUAAAGUCUCUUCAAACUCCUGAGGGGAUGUGAGAUCUGAAAGGAAGGAGAAGGUGCCAUAUACUUAAUUAAAAGUUUGCCUUCACAGAGUAAAAUCCAGACUCAGAGGGAACAUGAGGGGCAGUUUGUAAAGCAUAGGGUUUUCAAAGGGGAGUGUAACAGCUGACCACUUCAGUCUGAGACAUCACCCAGAAAUUUAUCUGCAAGGCAGAAACCCAUUCUGCUUCACAUUUAAUACAGCCAUAUUCCUCCUCAGGUAAUUCCUGCAAGCAGUUGCUGUGUCCUGUUUACUCUGCUAUCAAAAAAUGGUCAAACACACUUGCAAUGUAACCACACCUAGCUAAAUAUGGGUUCAGUAACAGCAAGCACCUGGGUGUUAUUUGCAUGCUUCUCCCUAGAUAUACCAACUAUAUUCAAACAUGAGCACUGGGCCACUUCAAUGACUGUAUCUUAAUGUUUGAACCACUUGCUCUCUUCCAUCUUGGAAUACAAUUAAAUUAACUUUCCUGGACACUGAGCUCACAGGGUGGGUUUUUUUUUUUUUUUUUUUUUAAUAGCUAAGCUGCAGCUCAGCUAAAAUUGGUGUUUAUGUUUACUGCUGAUCUUAAAAAAAUAAAAUGCUUUCAUCCACUGUCCUAUGUUCAUAUAAUUGCAAGUAGUAACAUGAUUCUCCCUUAAAAAGGAUCAAAARCCUGACUGCUCAAGACCCCAAAAAGUAAUACAAAAAACAUAUCAGAAGUCCACAUGCCCUUUUGCCUUUUUUAUASCCAAACUACACAAAGAAUCAGGGAAAUACCUUACACCUCUGCAAUCACUGUUCUUCACAGGGCUUGUCUGAAGAUCAGAAGAUAAUAGAGGUGUCAGUCAGGGAGCAGRGCUCUUUCCUUGCCCUUUACCAGGCCACACAAUCAUUAAAGCUACAGGUGUCUCAGCAUAGGAGCGUCAAAGUCUACUGCAAGUUGGUUUUGGAAAAAAUUUCAAUCUGCUUUAUCUCACCAGUACAGUUCACAUGAUACUUACAUGUGCCAGUGUUUCAUUACUUGGAAUGGGUAUUGUUUUACUGUAACUCCACCAUAUGUCUCAUGCUGCUCUUGUCUUUUUCCAGCUGUAAAAAUUGGACAGUGCAUCACAGCUAAUUUGGGAGUUUGCUUUCUUCAAUAUGGSUAAUUCACAUGUGAGGAAAGCUGAUCAGUUGUAAACCACAAAACUGGCAGGGAAACUUAAAACAGAUUUAAAAAAAAUUAACCAAACAGUGCAAGUUUACAUAUAAGUUAUUAGAAGGUUCAUCCAACUCACCAAAUACCCAAAUACAUAUUCAUCAGGUUGCCAUAUGCUCAUUUAAAUGUGCAAAGCAACAACCUCCUCCUGCCCCAAAGGCUGGCUUUCAUUUCUGUUAAAUGGAGCUGGUGCUUUCUUAAAUUGAAAUUUGUCAGAUUGGUGGGGGAUGGGGUGAGGUUUUAAAAUCUUCAAAGUUUGCAUUCAAGUUAAAAUUUUCUUGGGGUCAUUUAACAUAAUUAUUGAAGGACUUUGGUUCUUGCUACAUGAGAUUUUACAGUUUUAUAUAACACAUGCACCCAAACACCAGAACCCCGUCACUACAGCUAGUUCUGCAUGUAAUUUGCUGUCACUUUGAUGAAAAGGUUUCACUACUGAAAAURGAAAAAGCAAUGUAAGCCACUAGUGGCAUGGCUUUAAAUGACUUUUCCAUCUUCAGUCAAAAUCUGAUUGUAAGCUUCGGACCAACAGAUGCUUCACAAGCCAACAAGCUCCCAAGUGACUCCAAAUCUGGGGACUUCCUUUUCAARUGUUACAGCUUGGACAUGGCAGUGAGUGAUUGGAUUGGAAAUACUGCCUGCAGCAAGCUCUCCAACAUCAGUCCCUCUUCUCCCUGGUUAUCAGCAGUGCUGGUGAAGUCCCUCCCAGCAAACAUUGCUGCUCCCGUCUCCAGCAUGGGAAGAAAUGUAGAAUAUAAACCAAGGGUCAAAUGCAAAACCUGGAAAUUCUCAGGCUCUGCACAAAAAAGCUUAAUCUUUCACACAGGACAGGACAGGACAGGAUGACUGGGAGCCUUUUGACAAAAGUAGUUAAAGCACCGUAGCUUAAGGUAACUAAAUCCUUCAGCUUUCAACAUCCAGGAGGGCACUUUUCCCAGAAUAUGCUGAAGCAGGCUAUAGCACAYAGCUGUUUUUUUUUCCCUGAAUCAAAGUAGAUGAACCUCAAGUCUAAUUGUUUGUAUUUGGAAUAACAUUUAUACACAAUAGAGGAAUUAAAACAUUAGUAAAAAAUGUUGUGCCAAAUACAGAAAGGAGAUUUGUUAGUGAAACCAAUUUCAAACAAAAAUAAAUUUAUUUAAUAUCUUACACAGUAGAAUUCUGUCAUUGCACAAAUAGUGUUAAUGCUUGUUGGAUAUUACAUUCCUUAAUAAAAAAAACCUCUGUAAUGUCAAGAUGGGGAACCCCAAAAGUAAGCUACAUUAGAACUAGGUACCAUAUAGCUUAUGCAGCCACACAAGAAAUGUUUUCUUUGUUAUUACAUAGGUAGUUGGUUCUAUCAGCUAAAGCCUAGUGACUUGGAUUUGUUUUAUGCAUAUUGGAUUUUGUUCUAUUACUUUCCAAGAGAUUGUACUCCCCUGAGUCAGCUGUGUUCAUUGGUCAGAAUAAAUUCCAGCAUCUGACACCAUUUCCAUUAAUCACAGACAAGCCAGUAUAUGUGAGCAAGAUAAUAGAAAGAUAAAAACAGUAUCUGCUGAAUGGGAAACAUUAUUUAUGUAUGCUGUUUGCAACAGGAGAACGUAUCUGGAAGGCAUUUUUUUGCCUCUGACAGACAAACUGAAAGAUGGGCUCUGUCUCAAGUACUUACUGUGCAGGGAAGAGUGGAACCACACAGGUGAUGUAGUACCCUGGUAACACUUCUACAGCCCAUCAUGACUAUGGCUGUGCUACAGUCAUAGCUUCCCCAUGUAUUUGCAAGCAAUCUUAACAUAAUUUGCUACUAAACAGCUGUGAAAUUCAUUUUUUUUACUUUGAUGUUAAGCUGGAUCUGUGAAGCUGAAUACUUCACCCACCCACACAUCUGUAAAUAGCAUAUUCAGUAUUAAAUAUCUUACUGUCCAUUACAAGUUAGGUAUCAUGGAUCUAAAACAUAAAGUGUUUUUCUUCACUUUUUGAGCAGUCAAGACAUUUCACUUAAUCCUGUUGUAAUAAGACAGAUAUGAAGCAGAUUU